UGUCAGACAUUAUUCAGUUCCAUUCUACAAAUUUCAGUAGCUUCUACCCCGUCACGUUAACGUUACUGUGGCAACGGAGGUAAACUCAACGUGGUUUGCUUCCUUCCUUGGUUCGCUAUCGAAGCUAACUGAAACAUGGCUGUUGUGGUAGAUAAAGUAACUAUCUGCGUACCCAGCGUUAAGGAAAGGACUACAGCUUGAUAUUUUUAAGUAGCUUGAUGGAUUAGAAACAACACCUGUCAAUGGAACAUCCGUGAAUUUCUGUGCUCUGUGGGAAAAGGCUUUUCCACCAUGCUCUCAUGUAGAAUCUUUGUGAUCUAUUCUCCAUGGCUUCUGGUGGCUCUUCACCCCAUGAGGGCCGCAAGAGAAAAAAGAAGAGCGAUGGUAGCUUGAGAGGUAAAAGUGGGACCACAGAUGAGUCACAGGCUCAGGCAGACAUCGAUAAGUUAACAUCAGCAGGACACAGUGCACUGAAACAAGGCGACUGUCUCGAAGCCCUUAAUUGCUUCAAGAAGGCAUACAAAGCAGCAGUAGAGAUCAAGGAAACAAAGGUACAUCGAGCAUGUGCCUUCAACCUGGGUGCUGCUUAUGUGGAGGCUGGCAAGCCUCAAAAAGGUAUCGACUUCCUGAGGAAAGCCCAGCCAGGUGAGAAGAGGGAGCGGGUGGCAGACCUCCAGUACAACCUGGGUGUGGCCCACGAGGUGUUGGAGGAUCAGGCCCAGGCGGCAGGACACUAUCUCCAGGCUGCGCAGCUCUAUCGCUCCCAGGGAGAUGGAAGCAGCGAGGGGGACACCUGCAUGAAGCUGGCCCGCUGCCACAUCUGCAUGAAGGACUGGAGUCAGGCCGCUGAGGUGUUCCGGAGGGCCGCAGAGAGCUACCGGGUGGCGGGCCGCCUGGACUCCGCAGCCGUGGCCCUGAAGCAGGCAAGCACCCACAUGCUCCAGAGUGAGAGUUUCUCGUCUGAGGACGUCAUCGGCGCGCUGUCUCAAUGCCUGGAGCUCAGUGUGAGCCUCACAGACCAACACUCACUCGUGUUGUCAGUGUUGUGUAUGGUCAUGUCUGGCUUGGUGUCUGCUUUCUGGACCACAGGUAAGCUGUACAAUGAGCUUGGCCUGAGCUUCUCCCAGCUGAAGCUGUUUGGGGAGGCAGCUGAGUGCUAUGAGCAGGCCCUGCCUCUGGUACGGUCCAAACCACGCAGGCUCGCCGUGGUACUGCAGAACCUGGGUGCGGUCCACAACACUCUGGGUCAGUACCAACAAGCAUUGGACUUCCACAGAGAGGCAGCAGCCUUGCAUGGGUCCCAGGGUAGCCGUCGGGCUCAGGGCCGCUGCUUCAGUAACCUGGCCUUCGCUCUCACUCAGCUGGGGGAGCUGGAGGAGGCUGGCGAGAGCUACCUUCACGCUCUGCAGGCCUUCAAAGACACAGAGGACUACAUGGGGCAGUGGCAGGCUUGUGAAGGUUUGGGGGAAAUACGACUUCAGCUCAGAGACCCUGACAAAGCCACGCUAUACUACAAACAAGCCCUGGGCAUGUUAUCCAAGUGUAAGGAUUCUGAUGGCUCAGUGCAGGAGCGGCUGGUCAAUAAACUGAGCCAAGCCCUGCAGCUCCGACUCGCCUUACAACAGAGGGGUCCUUUUCCAAGGCGAGCCAAUCAGAAUCGCAGUUUCCACAGCCAACCUCGAAGACUGACUGAUAUGAAUGGAGGGGAGCCUUUUCAGAGCCAUCCACUCAGAAAAAAUCAAUUGAACGACCACAAAGUAGAGAAUGGAUUUCUGGUGGGAGCUGCAGCCUCGUCUUUGGGGUCAGGUGGAGAGCAGCGGCCCCCUGGAGAGACGGUGAUGCCGCACACACAGUCAAACUCACGUCCUGAACCACCUCACACACAGCCGCCAGACCACCUGUCUGUGCUUCCAGAGACCAACAGCCGGGGAUGCACUGUAACUCCGUUCUGUCCAUGUGACAGGAAUCUCAAUAACACGUAUGAGCAACCUGACGGUCAGAACCUGGACCCGCCACAGUCGGACCCGCCCACAGAUAUAGAGCACAGUGACCACUUGCAUGAAACAAUCCAACAAACCACCACGGAUCAGAGCAAGGAGCUGCCAGUGUCCCAGGGCGCAGAUGUUACUGGUUUACAAGAGACAGACUCUGGGAACAAUGGGAGUGCUGCGCCACCACUUGUCAGAUGGAAGUCCAGAUUUUGCACCAUUAUGCAUGCUAAAUCAUGGUAAUUCCUCCCACAUCGCUUCACUAAAACACCUGUUUAAACAUCUGGGAUCAUCCAGCUUUAUCAACAUUGAGGUUAUCCGAAGAUCACAUUCCUGUACACAGAGCUAUUUCCUGCGGGGUCGAUUUUCUUGACAAGUGUGCUGCACAUGGUGGCAUUAAAGUCCAGAUUUCAAUCUGGUGUGAUGAUGUAACCACAA